AUGGCCGCACAACCUCCCAACCGGGCCGUAUGGCAACCUCCCCCUCCACCACCUCCAUCAGCUCCCCAUCCAGCCACCGUGGGUCAUGUAUACAUUCCUCCUCCUCCUCCAACGCUCCAUGGAGGCGACAACGGUCGAACGAACGAACAGUAUUCAUCAGAUAGCGAGUCAUCUACCAGCUCUGACGAAGAGACGGACGAGGAAGAACAACCACAAGCCAUGCCUAACGUCGGCAGACAGAGAGGUUUUCCGCCACCCCUUCCUCCUCAGGUCCAGAAUGUACAGCAACCGGGACCUGGUGUCCCGGGUUUCCCAGGACAAGCAGCGGCGGUCGACAUCCGCACAGAAGUCCGAAAGAUCGUGAAAGAAGAGCUCAAGCAGAUGCCAAAUCUAGCACCACCUGGGCCGCCUAAGCCGCCUGCACCGGGAGGAGUACCGACUGCCAAUAUUUCGGCGCCUAGACCACAACCACCGAUCAAUAUUCCCGCAAAACCUCGACAGCCGGGAGUCCAGUGGUGCGAAUCCACCCCUCCCUCGACCCCCCCAUUGACGAAUAUGUCCGUUCCUCCCAAGGAGAUCAGCGCCGUCGACCGGAAAUGGGGGACGCUCUUCGACCAGCACGGGGUUCCCACCAAGCGAUGGGAGCAGGUCAUCAGAGGAAUCGGCAACUAUCUGAAAGACGAGUUCAUGCCGCAGAACACGCUGGUAAUUACACCGGAUAAGUUGGCGGUGCUGUAUUCCCACCACAAGCUCGAGCUUGAGCCGUUUCCCUUCCCAGAGAUCUUCCGCGGUCACCACGGCGCAGCACCCCCCAGUCUGGCAGAACUCUACCGGAAGCUUGGCUGCGAGUACUACCUCGUUCCUGCGGCCCCCAACGCGCGACCGACAGUGCCGGCUUUGACCCUCCUCGGAUGGACACGAUGGAUGACCCUCGCUAUGCGCAGCUACCCCAACGAGGAGGCAGAGAGACUAGCCAAGAUCGUCGCCUCGCUGCCCAUCAACGCCGACACCCUCCUCGAGACCACGCCGGAGCGCUUGCCAAAACAGCUCUCCCGCCAUCUGCUCCCAGCGGAGGCGGACCGACAGGCCCGGGUCCUCUUUUUCAACACGCUCCGGGACCAUCUGGACGCGAUCAGACCGCCGCCCCCAAUGCCCAGCAAGACACGCCCGAUAUUUAUCCGCGUGGACACCAGUGAUGGAGAACGACCGCCGCCCAGCCCUCGGAGUCGUUACCGGCCUUCGGAAGGCACCCUGUCGGUGUCCCACGCAAGCGACGAGGACGACCGCCACCGGCGGCACAGCGACCGCGAGAGUGAUCGUGAGCGUCGUCGUUACCACAGCCGUGACCGUGACCGCAGUCGGGACCGUAGCCGCGAGCGAGACUAUCACCACAGCAACAACACCACCAAUAGGCCCCAACUCCGCCGCGAGACCUCCACACGCAUUACCGGCCGUGAGCGUCCCAUCACAUCCCAAAAGCCGCCUUCAUCGUCCUCUCCCCUCCGAGUCCAGCCCAGCGUGCGCGGGGGCUCCAGCAACUCCAACACUUCCACCCCUAGCCUGCGGAGACGCAGCACCGGACCCCCACCGCCCUCGGCAUCGCCCGCUCGGGAAUCCCCAGUCGUCCAUCUAGAAAGCAAGGGCCGUCGACCGUCCGUCUCGGGGGCGCGAGGGUCAGAUAGCAGGAGGGAUGAGCGAGAAGGCGCGAAUAGAGAUAGAGAUAGGGAUAGGGAUAGGGAUAGGGAUAGGGAAAGUGAUAGAGAGAGGGAGAGGAGGGAACUCUUUGCUUUGCGCGAUUCGUCCGGUUGUGAAUUGUUGACUCUACUCUUCGGUGAGCAUCGAGGCUGUUGA